AUGUUGACCAGAAGUAUCCUCAGAGUGGCAGUGCCAGUGCGUCAGCUCAGCACCACUGCUAUGUUGAGACAGCAGCCUGCUCUCUACGACGAGGCUCAGUACAAGCCAAAUGAAAUCAUUUCCGGUGCACCAAAGGACAUGACCACGGAAAGAGUCGUUAGAAUCUUCAAGGAGUCUAAACCUGCCACGCAGUCGGGCAACCACAACGGUAAGUUCUGGAAGUUGGACUGGGAUGUUUUGGGCAAGGGCAAUAGAUGGGAGAACGACUUGAUGGGAUACCAGGGAAGUGCCGACUACAUGCAAGGAACGAUAAUGAAGUUUGACACAAAGGACUCGGCCAUCAAGUUUGCUGAAGGCCAAGGCUGGUCAUUCUACGUACAAGAGCCUAAGAAGAGACAUUUCAGAAAAAAGGAGUACGCCAUGAACUUUGCUCAUUCCCCUGGCCCAUUGAAGCACAUCAGAACAAAGUAA